AUGUCGUCACCGUCAUCUACGAAACCUAAAGCGGAGGUGUCCAUCUCUAAACUCGAGACGAGCUCCUGUUCCUGUUCCGAGACCUAUUCAAGUGGAAGGGGCUCCAAGGGCUCUUCAGAGGAGGAAGAGACGGAGGCUCUCCUGAAGGCCUCACAGUUUCAGGAAGGUGUAAAGGGAAUCGAGAGCCACGACUACUUCUGGGACCAUCCUACGAUACACGAUGGGUCCAUCCCGGUGGGCCCGAGUGGGCCCUUGGACCCCCGAAAGCCCUCCUGCUAUAGCCCGUUCAUCGCUCAGUGGGUUAAAUGGAUUCUAACUAUCGUCGAGGGGGCCGUCAUAGGAAUAUGUCGUGGCGUCAUUCUAAUUGGUUCGCAUUGGUUACUAGUUGGCAAAACUGAUGCUAUGAUCCACUGGCUCAAGUCUGACAACCCUGGUUGCGCUAUGCUCAUCUGGAUAGCCAUCGGCGUACCACUCAUCUGCUUCAUCGGCUGGGGUGUCUCCUACAUGUCUCCUCUUGCGGGUGGUAGCGGUAUCCCAGAUGUGAAGGCUUACCUCAAUGGCGUCAUGGUGCCCAAGCUGAUGAGGUUCUGGGGGAUAGUCUGGCGUAUUCUUGGUCAGAUC